CAGCACCCGUCAUCAAUUUAGUUAUGGUAUUAGUUGGCUGUUACAUGGGAAGUUUCUGGAUAAUAGCAGGUAACUGCUGAGUACUGAUCAUUCUCUUCCUGUAAAACCUCUCUCUCACAAUAAAUCUGGAUUCCCUUAUACUCGAUGUUCGAAUUACCUUCUUUCUUUUCAGAUUCCUGCAUUUGGUAAACAUAAUUCGUCAGGCAAUCCUGGAAUUAUAUCAUCGUUCUUGCGCGAAACGCGGCCAAACACAGAUUUUCAUUUCCUUUCGCUUCUCCCUUGGACUAUAAUUCAUUGGCUCAUGGCGGCUGAUUCAAGCUCUGCGUUGAGAAAGGAGGAGAUACCUGGGAAAGGAAGUGGUCUGGUUGCAGCAAAGCCACUUAAGGCGGGGGAAACUAUCCUCACUGAAUCCCCUCUCGUUCUCUACUCAGCUUGUCCUUUGUUUUCUUCACCCUCUGCCUCCCCCUUCACUUACUGCGACCACUGCUUUGGAUUAAUCUUGCCACCCUCUGAUUCCAAUCUGGAUCAUGUCUCAUGCCCAUCGUGCUCCAACCACCAUUUCUGCUCCCACAAGUGCCUCUCCCUUGCGUUCACUUCCUCACACUCUGCUUGGGCAUGCAAAACCCUCACCUCUCUUAUGAACUCUUCAUCACUAUUCUUACAACACCCCCCUGAACGCCAAGUCCAAGCCCGUUUCCUUGUUGCAGUUCACAACCUUCUCCGCCGCUCCCCUUCACAUAUCCAAACUUUGCUCUCUCUUCAUGGCACUCCAGAUGAUUCCAUUCUCUGUGCUGCUGAGUUUCUUCACUCUUUAAUCUCUAUACAUAGCGAACUUGAACUUUCUGUUGAUACCACUGCUCUGCUUCUUGCAAAGGACAGGCUGAACUCGUUUUGCUUAAUGGGGCCUUAUUCCCCUGACGGGCCUCAGAGAUCGAUCAAAGCUUAUGCCAUUUACCCCAUAGCGACCUUCUUCAACCACGACUGUAUUCCUAAUGCGUGCAGAUUUGACUAUGUCUAUGUUAAAGAACACAAGACUGACAUUGUUUUUAGAAUGAUUCGGGAUGUUGAGGAAGGGGAAGAGGUCUGCAUCAGCUAUUUUAGGCUUAAUAGGGAUUACUGUACAAGGAAAAGGAUCUUGAUGGAGGAUUAUGGGUUCACUUGUGAAUGUAGUAGGUGCAAGAUUGAAGCGAACUGGGACGAUAGAAAGAACCAAUGGGAGAAAAACAGUGACUUGCCACAUGUGCGGUUCCUUCGCAAGUAUGUCUGUGAGAUGAAGAACUGUGCAGGCACGAUGGCUCCUUUGUCUCCAGAGAAUGCUAUUGGCGGUGGUCCAUCUCGUAUUCUGGAGUGUAAUUUCUGUGGCAAUUUGAAAAUGGACACUGAUCGUUGACAUUCAGUCAAUCUUGGAGAGUACAUAUAGGUUUUCCAAAACAGGCUUCUACAGAUUUUAGUCGUGUAAAUUUCCUUUUAGCUUUGAGUUCAGGACAAAUACUUGAAGAACGGAUGGAUGGAGUCAAACUCUGACUAGAUCCUCAUGUUUGUGCGUCCAUAUAGCUGCUGAAGCGAAUUACCUUAAUCCAUGAUAUGUAGCCACCAUGUUUGGCCAAGCUGGUUGACCAUUUCUUUUCUACUUAAAAUCAACUUGUGAACAAACACUAUACAGUUUAACAUCUAAUAAAUGCGCCAUGUGCAAUUCAAGUCUAAUAAAAGCAUAUGUGCGCGAAUUGUUGAAGGUAAAAAUAAAAGGUUGAGAGUGGCGGGUACUGUGAACCAUAUAUAUU